AUGUAUCCUCAACAUCCUUCAGCACCCCCUUCGUCACAAUACUCACAGCCUACUCAACAACAAUUUGGAUCUAAUCCAAUAGGCAAUGCACCUCCAGCACAAAGAAGUUAUCUCACAUCUUCCGAAGAGCGAAUGGCAAAAUUUCAACAAAUUGUCGGACAAUAUGAAAUUAAUCAAGAUUUUGCUAUGAGAUUAAGAAAUUUAGAAGGAUUUGAAAUUGUAUUUAUAUGUGAUGAUAGUGGAUCAAUGGGUGAAAUCACAACAGCAUUCGAACGUCGAUCGACUCGGUGGGAUGAACUUAAGCAAACUGUUUCAAUUGUUGUCGAUGUAUGUAAUGUUCUCGAUCCAGAUGGAGUUGACAUUUAUUUUUUGAAUCGUCAACCACUAUUCCAUGUUAAAAAUUCGUCUGAAUUGAUUCCGGCUUUCUCAAUACCACCAACGGGUGCUACACCAUUAGCUCGAUGUUUAAGACAAGUAUUGCGUGAUAAACAAGCUGAAAUACAAGAACGAAAAUUACUUGUGUUAAUUGCGACGGACGGUGUCCCAACUGAUGAUGCUGGAAGAAAUGAUAUUCGUUCAUUAGAACAAGUAUUAAAACAUGAACGAGAUCCGGUCGAGCGAGUUUUAGUUACAUUUAUUGCAUGUACAGAUGAUGACGAAUCUAUAGGUUAUUUAAAUAAAUGGGAUGAACGCAUACCAAAAGUUGAUGUGUGUGAUGAUUAUCGUAGUGAAAAACGUGAAAUUCUUAAAGUACAAGGGAAAGAUUUUCCAUUUAGUUUUGGUGAUUAUGUUGUUAAAAUAUUAAUGGGGUCGGUGGAUCCAUGGUUCGAUAAUUUGGAUAAUAAAAAAGUAAGACGCCAAAUCGGAUCAUCAACUGAUCGACAUACCACAUCAAAGAGAUCCAGUCGUUGUGUGAUAUUAUAAACAUUUGUUUUUCUUUUACUCUUUUUUUUUUACUUUCUAAGUAAAUGUAUGAUCAAAAUUUUAAAUAAAUAUAUGUUUUUUAAUGUCAAAACUGCAUAGUGUAUUCCAUUUAUUUUUGUUGCCUAUCAUACUUUUUGAUUUUCUUUGAUAUACGUACUGUUAAAAAAUUAGAUUUUAUCAAUAAACAAAUAAUCUAUUUUUGUAAUGGUCUUGUAUUUGUGAGCUGAAUUAAAUAUAUAGAUAUUCAUGUUUCAAAGAAAGUUACUGUCAUUCUUCGUCAAAUUGAAUAGAACAGUAUAUGUAUAAAACAUUAUUGUCAUG